AUGAUCUCAUGUCUGCAGCGAUUCAGCGAAAGGACUGCCGAUCCCUGGGAUUGGCAAAAGGGCAAGUCUAUGCCGACGGACGGAGCAAAGACUGCGCUAACAGUUAAAAUAUUAGGGUUGGAAAAGAGGGCUCAGGUGCAGAAAGUGGAGGAUGCAGUACAUACGUGUAACUUUGGCGGCGACAAGCACUCAGUACUGGUUCCUGUCCUCCAUUCUCCAUCUUGUGCGACCGAGUCACCCAAUGCAGUCCUCUCGGUGCGAACUGGGCGUUCCUGGAAUUGUCAGCUCCGAUGCUCGGCCAGGGCCUAUAUCACACACAGUCCUCGCGGUCGGGAAUGUGAUCAAGUUCUACCUCCGGUGUCAAUGUUGGCUCUAUUGCCGUGUCACAAAUCUUUAUUGCCUUUGGUGGCUCAGUCUGUCGGUAGGUCACAAUUUCGAGCACUGUCAAACACCAACACAUUGUCCUUGUUUUCGCCAUGGCCGCGUGUCAUCUGCCAGGGUGUCUGUCCCAGCAAGCUCCGCAAGUACUUGCCAGCGUUCGGAUCCCCAGAAUUAGCCAAAGAUAUAGGGCAGCAUUGCCGUUCAGUGAUUUGUGCGAUUGCAUUCGUGGCCGUGGCAUGCUGGCGCAACGUCAAUGUCAGAAACAUUAAGCAAGUCAAAGGCCUUCAUUUCUAA